AUUACGUCAAUGAACAAAGUUGUAGCAGUUGAAGUAGACGUUGUCCCAAAUUUGCGUAUUUGUAUACAAUAAUUCUCAAAUUAAACUACUAGUGUAGUGUACUAAAAGUGAAAAACAGACAAGUAAAUUCAUUUGAAAAUUUCAAACACAAGAUAUAUAUCUAGAAAAUGAAUCCUGAAUAUGAUUACUUAUUUAAACUACUACUUAUUGGCGACUCAGGAGUAGGAAAAUCAUGUUUAUUACUAAGAUUUGCAGAUGAUACUUAUACAGAGAGCUACAUCAGUACUAUUGGUGUAGAUUUUAAAAUCCGGACAAUUGAUCUAGAUGGAAAAACUAUUAAAUUGCAAAUUUGGGAUACUGCAGGACAGGAAAGGUUCAGGACUAUUACAUCUAGUUAUUACAGGGGGGCACAUGGGAUAAUUGUGGUUUAUGAUUGCACAGACCAAGAGUCCUUUAAUAAUGUUAAACAAUGGCUAGAAGAAAUCGAUCGCUACGCAUGUGAUAACGUCAACAAACUACUUGUAGGAAAUAAAAGUGAUCUAACAACAAAGAAAGUUGUUGAUUUUACCACUGCCAAGGAAUAUGCGGAUCAGUUGGGUAUUCCUUUCCUUGAAACAUCGGCUAAAAAUGCUACAAAUGUAGAGCAGGCAUUUAUGACAAUGGCGGCUGAAAUCAAAAAUAGAGUGGGGCCGCCAUCUUCGGCUGCUGAUCAGGGUGGAAAAGUCAAAUUUGAUGCAAGUCGCCCAGUGGAAACUACCAGAUCAGGAUGUUGCUGAAAACUGCAUCUGUUGGUAAUAUGGUCAUUUCUCACAUCAUCUUUUAUUUUGUACAGUGGCGCCCAUUGCUACAAUUUAUAUUAUAGUAAUAUCCGUCUGUAUGUAUAGUUAUUUUAAUUUGUUUUGUAUUCAUUUAUUUUCUAAUAGAUUUGUUAAAAAAAAAUAAUGUAAUAAAACACCAAUACCCACUAGCCUAAUUUUAACUUCCCUUAGCAAAAUUUUGAUUAUUUAUAAACUGCUUACGAUUCGUCUCAAGUUUUUAGAAACGGAGAAACCAAUUAUAAAUAAUACAUUUAUAUUUUUAGGCAUUGCUUGCCUCGGUGGGUUUCUGUGUUUUUGAAAGCACUUUUUUUUUGUUGAUAUCUGUUUAAAUAUAUCUAUUUCCAUUUUAGUAUGAAUUUGUUUUUUUAAACCUUUUCAAGUAUUAUUUUUCGAAACUUCCAGGUUUUCUUGAGAAAAUUUAAUUUAUCUAUUAACUCUACUUUAGUAAGAGAUAUAUAUAUAUUAGUUAAUGAAGUAAUAGGUUUGUUCUGGCAGGCUUAAAUUUAUGUUGUCGCUAAAAUAUAUGCUGAACUUUAUAUUUGACAAUUAAUCUUAAAAUUGACCGGGUGUUCAGGCAGUUUUACAUUUUAAUUACUUGCCUGAACAAAGCUGUAGUACAUUUGUGAUGUAUUCAUUAAAAAAAUGGUUAUUUUCGGUUGAUUACCUACUAUGUAAAUCAAAAUACUUUCGACUGAGUUUUUCUGUUAUUUCUAAUUAUUAUUGAAUUGUUAAUUGUAGGAAAACUGCACUAUGGCUAGUUACGCACUUUUCAUUUUUGUUUCUAUUUAUUUCAGUUUUUGGAAAAGUACAUUUACAUUAGUAGUUAAAACAAUCUGAUAACUAUAGUUAAUUAACUUUUCUAUGAUACAAUUAUAUUGAUUGUAAUAGAGUUCAUUUUUGUAGGUCGUAUUUGUAUGAGAAUUAUUGUAAACAAGUAUGAUUAAAAUUAAAUACAAUAA